GUGCACAGCUAGAAUUAUUAUAGAAUAGCAAAAUUUCAAACCAUUAUUGAGCUGAACACCGAUGGAUAUCCAACUGGGCGCCAUGCUGCACGUGUACAAGGGGGAGUGGGGUCUGCCGACAAUUGAUUUUGAAUGUUUACGUGCUCUGUGUCUACUGCGGUUCACCCGCUGCCCCAUGGACGUGGAAACGAAUGCGAAUCCGCUGCGUUCAGGAGCCGGAAAGUUGCCUUAUCUUCAGAUUGGCAAUGACAAAUUUGUGGGCUACAGUCAAAUAAAGCGCGUGCUGGAUCUUGAGGGUUACCCGAUUGAUGCGCACUUAAACACCAAACAAAAGCAUUUGUCCGCCACAUAUGCCAACUGGGUGUUCACCAAUCUGCAUGCCUACUACCACUACUUCCUGUAUGGAGAGCCGUUCAACUUUGACAAAACCACCCGUGGGCUAUAUGCCAAGCGCACGCCAUUCCCAUUCAACUUUUACUAUCCCUCCACGUACCAGCGCGAGGCAUGCGAUGUGGUCCAGGUUAUGGCCAGCUUCGAUGUGAACGAUAAGCUGGAUAAGCACGAAUCGGACUAUCUGGUUUUAAAUGCCAAAAAGUGUGUUAACCUGCUCUCCCGGAAGCUGGGCCGCAAGGUGUGGUUCUUCGGCGACACCUACAGCGAAUUCGACGCGAUUGUGUACAGCUAUUUGGCCAUAAUCUUUAAGAUAACACUGCCCAACAACCCACUGCAGAAUCACAUCAAAGGGAGUCAGAAUCUAGUGAAUUUCAUCAACCGCAUCACCAAAGACAUCUUCCGCAACGAGGGCUUCAGCUCCAUUAAACCCACAAAGACCGCAAACGGCACAGAUGUAAAUGUGACGCAUUCGGAGCAUAAAUUUCUCGAGUCUGAGUGCAGUACGAAAAUCAUAGCCGGCGUCGGAGCCCUGUUGGCCAUGGGCGCGUUUGCAGCAUGGCGCGGUAUUUACAACCAGCUGACAACGCGCUCCUCAACAGAUUACGAUGGCAUAGACUACGACGAUGAUGAUGCGGAGGAGGGCCUAGAAUAAUAAUGCAGCUCUCUAUAUUGAUAUAUGUACAUAUAUCCAUAGAGUAUAUAUUUAUAAAGUGUAUAAAGGGGAGGAAGCACAAACAAAAAUGUCCAACAUCAAGUGAAUAUAUAUAAGUAAACUACUAUAUAUAUAUACCAAUACCUAUGUAUAUGUGAAUGUUCGAAUUCGUUUUUAAAUUGUCUGUGUAAUAUAGCAUUUUGAAGUCAUCCCAUUAGAGCGGAACAGAAAGGAUUACAAACGCUGCUCUGUUGCUUUUAUUGGAUUGAAAAAAUAAACAUCUGAAUGUCUAAAUCGA